AUGCCCACCUCCAGAGAACUCGACCUCGUGCGUUUGGUGGAGACAACACCUCCGCCCUCCGGUGAGGACACCGCAGAAGUCUGGCGAGCGAAGAGCGUGAAUACGAAUGCUCUCAACGGUACCGAGCUUCGAUGGCGACACUAUCAGCCGUGGUUGAAGCAUCGCGCGGGUUACGAGUUACGUCCGCGUUACCGCUAUGACUGGCAGGUCCCGUCACAGCGCGCACAUGCGGAGACGGAAGAUUGCCAGGAGAACAUGACUGGCAAACUCGUCAUUGACGCCACACGCGUCUCGGAUGGAUGCCGGGUCUUUAUCAAGGUCAUCAAAGACGACGGCGGCUCCCUUGCUCAACAGGAGAUCCUGAAGUACCUGUCUUCCGACGCCCUCAUGGACCCGCGGAAUCACACCGCGCCACUCGUGGACGUGUUUGCGUUGCCUAAUAGUGGGCAGAAGGCGCUGGUCAUGCCCCUUCUGCGUCCCUGGCAUAGUCCGGGAUUCGAUACCGUCGGUGAAGCCAUCGAAUUCGUUAGGCAAAUCUUCGAGGGCAUGCAAUUCAUGCACGAGCAUAACAUUGCGCACGGCGAUUGCACGUAUCACAACAUCAUGUACGAUGCGACGCCCAUGUAUCCCGACGGUUUCCAUCCGCUCGAUAUCGACCGCACUGUGGCUUGGGACGGAAAGGCCAAGCACUUCACGCGCACGGAGCGUCCGGUCCGGUACCGUUUCAUCGACUUUGCACUCGCUAUCAAGUGCGACGAUAAGGCUGCGGCCUUGCGUCCUCCCGAGUUGAGCAAGGAGCGUGUGAUCGCCAAUACAUUGUAUAACCCGUUCCCGACCGACGUCUGGUACCUCGGCAACCUCAUCCAGGUCGAGUUCAUCGAGGGCUAUACUGGAUUCGGCUUCAUGAAGAAGCUCGUCGCGGACAUGACGAAGGACGAUCCCGCUGAACGUCCGACUAUGGACGAAGUCGUCGCUCGCUUCGAGAAUAUCAGCUCUUCGCUCUCAUCAGUGACCUUGCGCCGCCCAGUCACGAGAUGCUACUGGGAGUUCUUCAAUAUGCCCAGCGACUGGCAUAUCCCCACUAUCGUGCAGUUGAUCAUGGCGAUUCCCCGGGCGUGGCGCGCUGCGUGGAAAUUCUUUUGUAUACUCUGA